AUGGUGUUGUUCUCGCCCAUUAAUUUGGUCGGUCCUAUCAAUGCCUCCAUUGGUAUCGGAGAAGUGCUGCGAGAUUUUGGUCACAGAGUUGUGUUUGCAGUGAGAAGUGAUUGGAGGGGAAAACUCAACGUUCAUGGCUUUGAGGAAGAAAUCAUUGGCUCAUCCGAUGGCACAGCCAGUGAUGGGUCCGCCAAACAGAAGGUCGAAGAAAUCAAAGACAUAUUCGGUUCGCAGACAAGACUCGACAAAAUGAUAGAUAUUUGCAAAAUACUCUUAAAAGAUGAGGUCCAAGAAGUCAAAGAUAACGAGCCUUUUCUCCAAGAGAUUGUCGAGAGAGUAAAACCCGAUGUAAUUCUCACGGAUCACAUCCUUGUUAUCCCAUCGUUAAUGUGUUCGUCCAUACCAUGGGUUUUGAUUAUGUCAUGCAAUCCGUUGUCAUUUCAAUGCGGUAUCGAUGAACCAAAACUGCCGCCUCAGGGCUUAGGUUUGCCCACAAAUGGUGACCCGAAAGAGUGGUCUCGCAUAAGACAAUUGUUGGAUAAAUCCAUGAGCGAUGGUUGGACUGAAUAUAACUCAUGGCUCGUAUCUAAAGGCAUACCAUCACUGCCUCAAUACAAAACGAUUCAAAGGGAUUAA